AUGGGGACCAGCGGACCGAAAAGGAGGCGCUGGGGAGCACACAAAAGGACGCAGGAAGACGCCGGGGAAGGACCGACGCGGAGGGCAGGGAAGAGAGUAGAAACGCCGGAGAGCAGAGGAGAAAGCGAGGCACUGGACAGCGGGAAGGAGACAGACAGAUGGGAGGAAGAGCUUGGGUGGACCGCGCCGCGGGUAGACAGGAGGAGAGGAGCAGCCGACGUGGACGAGUGCUCUGAGGGCACGGAUGACUGCCACAUCGACGCCAUCUGCCAGAACACGCCAAAGUCCUACAAAUGCCUCUGCAAGCCGGGCUACAAGGGGGAAGGGAGGCAGUGUGAAGACAUUGAUGAGUGUGAGAACGACUACUACAACGGGGGCUGUGUGCACGAGUGCAUCAACAUCCCAGGGAACUACAGGUGCACCUGCUUCGACGGCUUCAUGCUGGCUCACGAUGGACACAACUGCCUUGAUGUGGAUGAGUGUCAGGACAACAAUGGCGGCUGCCAGCAGCUCUGUGUCAACGCCAUGGGCAGCUACGAGUGUCAGUGCCACGGCGGCUUUUUUCUCAGCGACAACCAGCACACCUGUAUCCACCGCUCCAACGAGGGUAUGAACUGCAUGAACAAAGACCAUGGCUGUGCCCACAUCUGCCGGGAGACGCCCAAAGGUGGGGUGGCCUGCGACUGCAGGCCCGGCUUUGACCUUGCCCAAAACCAGAAGGACUGCACACUAACCUGUAACUAUGGAAACGGAGGCUGCCAGCACAGCUGCGAGGACACGGACACAGGCCCCAUGUGCGGCUGCCACCAGAAGUACGCCCUCCACUCGGACGGCCGGACGUGCAUUGAGAAGGAUGAGGCUGCAAUUGAGCGCUCUCAGUUCAAUGCCACGUCAGUAGCUGAUGUGGACAAGCGGGUGAAACGGCGGCUCCUCAUGGAGACGUGUGCGGUAAAUAACGGAGGCUGUGACCGGACGUGCAAGGACACGGCCACUGGCGUGCGAUGCAGCUGCCCCGUCGGAUUCACGCUGCAGCCGGAUGGGAAGACGUGUAAAGACAUCAACGAGUGCCUGAUCAACGAUGGCAGCUGCGACCACUUCUGCCGCAACACUGUGGGUAGCUUCGAGUGCAGCUGCCGCAAGGGCUACAAGCUGCUGACGGACGAGCGCACUUGCCAAGACAUCAAUGAGUGCUCCUUUGACCGGACCUGCGACCACGUCUGCAUCAACUCGCCCGGGAGCUUCGAGUGCCUGUGUCACCAUGGCUACACCCUCUACGGGACCACCCACUGCGGAGAUGUGGAUGAGUGCAGCAUAAGCAACGGGCACUGCGACCAGGGCUGCGUCAACACCAAGGGGAGCUACGAGUGCGUGUGCCCGCCUGGCAGGCGCCUGCACUGGAACCGGAAAGACUGUGUGGAGCCCGGCAAGUGCCUCUCUCGGGCCCAGGCCACCACACAGGCCCAGCUGUCCUGCAGCAAGGUGGGCGGCGUGGAGGGCUGCUUCCUCUCCUGCCUGGCCCAUACCCUCUUCGUGCCAGACUCGGAAAACAGCUACGUCCUGAGCUGCGGCAUUCCAGGUCUCCAGGGCAGGACACAACCAAAGCGCAAUGGCACCGGCUCUGGCACUGGGCCCAGCUGCUCAGAUUCCCCCACUUCCCCCAUCAAGCAGAAGGCCCGCUUCAAGACCAGAGAUGCUAAGUGCCACCUCCGGCCCCGCAGUCGGGAGAGAGCAAAGGAGACCCCGAGGCAGCCAUUGCUGGACAACUGCCACGUGACUUCCGUGACCCUCAAAUGUGACUCCUCCAAGAAGAGGCGCCGAGGCCGCAAGUCCCCAUCCAAGGAGGUGUCCCACGUCAUAGCAGAGUUUGAGGUGGAGCUGAAGAUGGAGGAGGCCUCAGACGCCUGUGACGAAGACUGCCUGCGGAAGCGGGCGGAACAGAGCCUGCAGGCUGCUGUCAAGACCCUGAGGAAGGCCAUCAGCCGGCAGCAGUUCUACGUCCAGAUCUCAGGCACAGAGUACGAGGUGGCCCAGCGGCCAGCGAAGGCCCUGGAGGGAGCAGGGUCCUGCAGCGCGGGCCAGGUGCUCCAGGAUGGCAAAUGUGUGGCCUGUGCACCUGGCACCUACUUCAGUGGCGAGUGGGGCCAGUGUGUGCCAUGCGUGUCAGGGACCUACCAGGACCUGGAAGGUCAGCUCAGCUGCACCCCGUGCCCCAGCAGUGACGGGCUUGGCCUGGCCGGUGCCCGAAACGUGUCCGAGUGUGGAGGCCAGUGCUCUCCGGGCUCCUUUUCAGCCGAUGGCUUCAAGCCAUGCCAGACCUGUCCCCUGGGCACGUACCAGCCUGAGCCUGGGCACACAGGCUGUUUCCCCUGUGGUGGGGGACUGCUCACCAAGCAUGAGGGUGCCACCUCCUUCCAGGACUGCGAGGCCAAAGUGCACUGCUCCCCCGGCCACCACUACAACACCACCACUCACCGCUGCAUCCGCUGCCCUGUGGGCACCUACCAGCCCGAGUUCGGCCAGAACCACUGUAUCACCUGUCCGGGCAACACCAGCACCGACUUCGACGGCUCCACCAACGUCACCCACUGCAAAAACCAGCACUGCGGUGGCGAGCUUGGUGACUACACGGGCUACAUCGAGUCCCCCAACUAUCCUGGCGACUACCCGGCCAACGCGGAGUGUGUGUGGCACAUCGCGCCACCCCCCAAGCGCAGGAUCCUCAUUGUGGUCCCCGAGAUCUUCCUGCCGAUCGAGGAUGAGUGCGGAGAUGUCCUGGUCAUGAGGAAGAGCGCCUCCCCCACAUCUAUCACCACCUACGAGACCUGCCAGACCUACGAGAGACCCAUCGCGUUCACAUCCCGCUCCCGGAAGCUCUGGAUCCAGUUCAAAUCCAAUGAGGGCAACAGCGGAAAAGGCUUCCAAGUUCCCUACGUCACGUAUGACGAGGACUACCAGCAACUGAUCGAAGACAUCGUGCGCGACGGGCGCCUAUACGCCUCGGAGAAUCACCAGGAAAUCUUGAAGGACAAGAAACUGAUCAAAGCUCUGUUCGACGUGCUGGCGCACCCCCAGAACUACUUCAAGUACACAGCCCAGGAGUCCAAGGAGAUGUUCCCUCGCUCCUUCAUCAAACUGCUGCGCUCCAAAGUGUCCCGGUUCCUGCGACCCUACAAGUAACGCUCAGUGCUGGCCUGCGGGACGGCGAGGUGGAGGGAAGACUCCCUUCCCUCCAAGGAGGAGCAGAAGAAAGCCCCUGGGCCUCUGUGUCACCUUGGGAAACCCGUGACAUGUGCCCCUCGGGGAAGCUGUGGAGGGCUGGGACCAAGCCCAGGCCUCCCUCGGAUCUGCCGUCCCAGGGGGAACUCUUUGCUGCAGGAUGCCUUUGUCCCUCCCUUCACCUCUUCACUUCCCAGGACACCACGAGCACGGUGUCCUGGCAGGACGCUGCCUUACCACGACGCGCCACGCCCGCUUCACGUGUGGACAGCGAGUGCCCGCCCUACGCGUGGCAUUUCAGGAGAGAAGAAAACGGCCGAUGCUGUCCCUGGGACACUGGAGGAGGCGUGGGCAGAUGUCAACCACACAGGAAGGAAGGCCGGGGAAGCGGGGAAAGGAGCCAACACGUACGGGUGGACAAGUCUGCCUUGAUGCCCUCAGGGCCGCCAGACUCCUCCGGCUGUGGGCACAGGACAUGGUGCCCCUUCGCUGGGCUCUGAGGACGCUGUAAUGGAUGGGACGGAGCUGCAGGGGGCGAAGCUAGGUCUGUGCUUUCCCUCAGUGGGACAUCUAAGUACUAUAUAUAUGUGGGAAUAUCAAUAUAAGAUUAUAUGUAUAUAUAUAGUCUUAUAUUUACACUUCUGUUGUGAACACAUUAGGAAAAUGCUCAGUGUGGGUCGCUGCAGCCAGCCUGCCUAGAGAAUUACGAUGCUCCUCCUGUGACUGGCACCUCCCAAGGCAGGUGGGGAGAGCCAGGCUGGCCCCGUGCAUUCUUAGGAACUGGGCUUAGUACUGUCGGAGCGUCGGCCCCACCCCAUGCUCCUCGUGCUGCCCCCAAUGGGACCCCGUGGAUGGCAGCCCUCCCUGGGGAUGCAGGGCCUCGCCACGAACUUCAGAAGGGGCCUGCGUUCCGGCCCUGUGGUGACGCCCCCUGGGUUUUGUGUUGUGCCCACAAAUCGCCAGGAAAUGAGGUCUUUCUCAAGGGAACCUGGAGCAGCCACCCACUCCUCACCUGUCAGGCCUCCUUUCUGCCACACUUUUGUCCCCUUGGACACAAGGAGUCAGUGGGACGGGGAAGCCAGCACCUGGGACAGCCUGUUGAGAGCACCGGUGUACCAGGGUCACACCAAGUCCUCGUUGCUUGUCAUACCGCUCGCUGCCAGCUGUAAGCUGUGCAUAAGAUACAGUCUGUAUUUUUCAGGUUAACAAAUGUUAAAACUUCCAAGGGACACAAAAAUCUUAAAAGGAACUCCAGCCACUGAUUCCAAGUGGCCACCAGGGUUCCUGCUCCCAGCCCAGCCUGACUGACGGAAGGUUUGAGAAAUGCACGCGGCCCAAAGACACUGGCAGGUGAGCGGGGUCACGAGAGCAUGGCCUGGUGACUGGCACACAGGGUGUGACACAUUCUACAGUCCAGAAAAGGACUUGGGACUCAGGAAUGAGUCACCACCAUCACACACAUCUACCAAAGAUGAGUCCCCGGCUGCCACUGGCCACUUUCUCGGAUCAAGUCCAAGUGGAAAAUGGUGCGCAGAGCCUCUGCACUUGCUGAAAGGUCCAGGUUAACUGAUAGCCCUGCCAGAAGCCACACUGCACCUCUGCUGGUCACAGUCCUUGCAGGCCAGCCUUAGUUUCCAGAAAGAGACCCCCCUUCCUUUGUCAGGGUCCCCAGAAAGAAGUGCAGAUGGCAAGUACACAGGAGGACGCUGUGAGGGACUUAGACUCUUUAUUAAGGUUCUCCAUGGAAACAAGACCAACAGGAUACACAGAGAGAGAGAGAUCACACGGACUUAUGAAAACCUCCUCACAGAACUGUGGAGGCCGAGACUCUUUGAGGCACUGUGUGCAUGCUGGAGAAGCCAGAAGCUGGCAGCAUGGUUUAGGCUAAAUCCAACCAGAGAAGCUGGGCACCCUAGAGUCCAGAGGCCCGAGAACCAGGAGCAGAAGGGGAAUCUCCCAGCUCCCAGAGAGUGAACUGCCCCUUCCUCCACCUCUUUGUUUUAUUGGGGCCCCUCAGCCAACCCAGGUACUGGAUGCCCCCCAUGCUGGGUCUUUGCCUAAUCUGCCGGUUCCCUGAAAACUCCCCAGGAACCCCAUGAGGAACAGUUUACCAACUGUCUGGGUCUCCAACUAGGCCAGUCAAGCUGACACAUAAAAUGAACUAUUGUGCUUCUUAAGGAUGUUUUUAAUGCCUUCAAAACACAGAGAGGACCGGAAAGCACUUUCGGGCUCUCCUGAGUUUUCCCUGUGAUCCCUGAGUGGUUCUGUCAUCUGUACGCCCAUGAAGCCACCUCCCCAUGUCUGCUCUCAUCCCACAUCUGUCACCAGCACUGUGGCCACUGCAUGCCCAGUGUCCGCAGGGCAGAGCAGGACAGGGCAGGCACAGGGCAGGUUCCUCCUCCUCCUCCUCCUCUCACCAUCAAACCCUUCUGUAGCUGUUGUGCUACGAAAGAGGCUUUGAGAAGGACCGGGUAGCCAGAGACGCAAGGUCACCAGUUGCCCUCACCGUCACCAACAUCCCAGUGACAUAAAGCCCAGAGUUAGGGUCUGCUGCAACUCCCUGCGUUGUAGAACUUUGGAUCCCAGCCAUUAAAGCCAAAGCCGACCCCGGUUCUCAUGGGGCUCUCUGGACAACAAGUACAUUUCCACGAGCUCACAUGCUGCGGGGCAUGUCUUCCUGAGGAGACUUUAGGAAAGAGGGAAGGUGGGGUCAGCCAUGCAGGAGCCUUCCUGGUGAGAAGCCGGAAAUGGAAGCACUGAGCUGGAAGCUGGCUUUGGCUUUGGUCAGCCCUGGUCCCGUGGCGCGGCCAGUCAAGGAGCUGCCAGAAGCCACACUGUACCCUGUACUCCCAGCAAAACGGUACAGGACAGUUUCUGGAAGCAGAAGCCCUGCCGUCUGGUGAGGCCUGGAAAAGGGUCUGUGGAGCCUCCAGAUUCCUCUGAGCUUAGUGCAGCUCCUGGGCCCCUGGCUGGGCUUCCCAGAGUGGACCCAGGAGUGCAAGCAACACCUCAGCACUUCACACUUCUACCCACACACCUGGCCUCUUCUGCUUUGCAGGCCCACAAGGGAGAGGUCUGCACCGAGGUUCAGUGGCCAGCCACACCCUCAGGCAGCCUCCUCUGCUGCCCAGAAUCAGGCUCUUUAUGUCCCCGUUAUUCUCUUUGUGCUGCCUCUCUUGGCUUCGGGCUCCACCCGGGCCCUCUAACAGCAAGAUCAGCCUGUGCUCCCCAACACAAUCCACCCCGGCCAAUAGUGGUAACCACUUUUCCAAACUGGCUCCCGCCCUUGCUGGGGACACGCAGCACCCAGAAAGGCCCCAGAAAGCGGUGCAGGGCCCCAGAAAGUGACCACAGGGGCCAGGUGUGAAAGCCUUUAGAGCGACCUCUGACCUCUAACAAAUGCACUGUCAGGGUCGGGGCUGUUGUGAGUCCUUAACUGAAUCUAGCAGCUGAUGUUAUUCAGGACCUCCACCACCCCUGCUUGAAAAGGAAGAAGUGAAUUUAGCAGCAUUUACCAAGCAUUGACUGUGUGCCGGGCUCCUAGGAAGACAGGGGACAGGGAGGCACAAAGAUGACAGCCUGCCCAGGACAGCAGCCACCUGGCACAGCCAAUGCCCCAGAAGGCAGGCACCUCUCUUCUCGCCCAGGGACCCAACUGACUUACUCACUCGCUGCCGAGCCACCUGUAGCUGAUAGCAAGGUCCCAUCGCUUCACCAAAGAUACUCAUGGGACGGUGCUCAGCUGAUGCCAUUCAGGAUUUGAUCUGCGUCGAAAUGCCCAUGGGCUACACAGAGACAAACAAAGAGCCCCUCUUCUCCCCAAUGCCUCUGCUCCAUGGCCCCCAUGGGUUAUGAGCCCUUCAGGAAUGACCCGGAAGCAGGACAAGGCUUGAGUCUACCCUGUGCUGCUUGUCUUGCUUUUAAAGGUACAGUAGAGGAAGCCACCCCAGGCCCAGGAAACACAGGCAUGCACAUGCUGCCUCCAGCAUCCUCCUCUUAUGGCCCCCACAGAGCAGGCCCUGGGGUCCCCUGAGGCCUCCCAGCCCCCGCUGUCCCAGAGCCCAUUGGAUGGUCCCUUUGAAAUUGUCCAGACUUCCCAAGUCUCACCAGGAAGUGAAUAUUCAUCCAUUGUCAUCCGAACCUAGAGCUUGGAGCCUCAGCCUGGGACAAGAGGAUCCAAUCCAAGGGUGGCCCGGAGGCAUGGAGAGUGACCUCAGUGAUACACCCUCCCUCGAGAAGCACUAAACAUUCAGAGAAAUGAUGUCUUAGGCCAGGGGACAGGGUGCUCAGUUAUGAGCUGGCACUGCCAGCUCCUACCUACGCCUGCCCGUGUCCCAGGGAUGCCCCUCAGCAUCGCACAGCACAGUGAGCGUCGUGCCUGUGGGAAGAUCUGGGGAAAGGCAGAGAGGCAGCGUCAUAGUGCCAAGGUUUGGUUUCCAAUCCAGAGUAGAUCUAGGGCGGGGAAACUUCAGAUUCUGCCAGGUCAGAACCCUAAACACUGAGCAGGCCCAGUCCAUAGGGCCCUGGCGUCAGCUGCCAGGGAGCCGCACUCUCACCCGCAGCCCUGUCCUCCACCUCCUGCCAAAGGCCCACGCUGGCCCAGCGCUCACUGGCCUCUGCUGCAGUGUUGACACAGAGCAGCGUAGCCACGUUUUCCUGUCAGUUGCCUCCAAUAUUCAAAGCUUUGUGUCCACCGCCGUGUCCCCUCACAUGCAUGUAAUUGAGCAUUUGUGAAAAUCACUUUAAUAAUAAAAAAUGAACCUAAAUAUUGCUCUGC